AUGAGCGGCCCCAUCAGCAUCGGCUCCGUCGCCGAGUGGCAGUCUCUGCUCUCCGGCACCAACGUCGUCGUCGCCGACUUCUACGCCGACUGGUGCGGCCCCUGCAAGAUGAUUGCGCCGCACUUUGAGCGCCUCGCCAAGGAGCACUCGCGCCCCAAGAAGGUGGCCUUUGCCAAGGUCAACGUCGACACGCAGUCCGCCAUCGCCCGCACCAACGGCGUCUCCGCGAUGCCCACGUUCAAGGUCUUCCACGGCGGCAACUGCAUCGACACGAUCAAGGGCGCGAACCCCUCCGCCCUCAGCGAAGCCAUAUCCAAGGCGGUCAAGCUCGCCGACACGGCCGGCGCGGGCAAGUCUGGCGACGCCUUCAAGACGCCGGGGCGGACGCUCGGCGGCGACGCGCCGGCGGCCCGGGGUGCGGGUGGACCCUCCUUCAACUUUACAGGCCUCCUGAACAUGCUGGUCGUCUUUGUCGGACUGUACCUGUUUGACGCGCGCAAGGCGGCCGAGUCGUCGUGGUUCAACGUCCACAAGCCUGCGGCGGACGGACGGAAGCCGGCGCCGGGACAGGCCGGCGGUCAAGGGGGAGCGGCGAGGGCGCCGGCGCAGAAGCCUGCAUUUAGGACGCUGGCCGACCUGGGGUCGGACUGA